AUAUUCAGCUAUUAUUUCCGUGAUUUUUAUUUUUCCACAAUGUGCCAAAUUCUGAACACAGCAACCAUAAAUACACCAUCGGAGACAAUUUUCCCUCUCCGCAAAUUUUAUUGACCACAAUCCCGAAGCUCAAGCUCUGAUCAGUCUGCACUCGGCGUCUGCGGCGAUGAGGACUCUUAGGGUUUUGUUCCUCGCCCUUCUUCUCCUUGCGUCUCCUCUGCUCCAAGUGGCUAGAUGUCAAUCGAACUCCGAGGACGCAGCCAAAACUGGUGAAGAAACUGUCGUAGAAAGCGGUGAAGUUGGGGUUGUUGGGGAUGAUGAGCAGGAUGUUGCUGAUGUGGCCUUGAGCCCGGCCCCUGGAAUUGAAACAGUUUGUGUCUUCCCAAAAAACAGUGCAAAACUAGUUCCAGCUGGGGAGGAGACUGAACUUCUUGUUGGUCUUAAAAAUGAUGGCCAGUCAGCCGUUGGUGUUAUUGGAGUCAAGGCCAGCCUUCACCUUCCGUUUGAUCACCAAUUACUGGUUCAGAAUCUAACCAUGCUGAGCUUCAACAACGCAUCCAUCCCAACAUCUGUUCAGGCUACUUUCCCGUACAUUUUUGCAGUCAGCAAGUUUCUGCAGCCUGGAACUUUUGAUCUUGUGGGGACAAUUAUCUAUGAGAUAGAUGAACAGCCUUACCAGAGUGUCUUCUACAACGGUACCAUCGAGGUUGUUGAAUCAGGCAGUCUCCUCAGCGGCGAGUCUGUCUUCCUUGUAACCCUCGGCAUUGCUCUACUUCUCCUCCUCGGCCUGUGGGUGUAUAGUCAAGCACAGCGUCUCACCAAGAAAACCAAGAAGGUGGCAAAGGUUGAAGUGGGAACGAGGAGCGUGGAUGCUUCGCUGGAUGAAUGGCUUGAGGGAACCACUCUCGCCAAAUCGUCCUCUGGAAAAUCCAAGAAGAAGAAAAACUAAAUAAGCCUCGUUGGUGGCAUUUGGAAGAGCUUGUGUUGUGCCGAAAUUAGGGUCAAAGAAAAACAAAAACAUUUUUUUUUUUGGAGGGGGUUAUUUUAUAUAGAUAUUCUUAACCGUGGAACGGCAUGAGUUUUGUCCCUGGAACUAACUCUCUGGUCUUUCCGUGAUGAGGAAGAAGUAGACAGUUUUCUCCAACUUAAAAGAAGUAGGUGGUUUUGGUGGCUAUAGAAAGGUGAAUAUUUGUCCUGCAAAGAAGAGAGAAUAACAACAGAUCCUAAACUCA